ACCCUUCGUUUUCUAGUUGCCAAAAAUAAAAAAUAAAAGAGAAAGAUGAAGCCUCCAUUGCCACCUUCAUCAACCUCUUUACUUCUCAGAAAGCAACGUCUUUCUCCCUACUUUUACACCUUGUUAACUUUCAUCGUCUUCGUUUUCAUUCUUUAUUGUGAAGACUUGCUCUCCAUUUUUGGUCGAAACGAACUCGUUUUAUCCAAUCCCAUCUCUGAAACAACAGGGAAGGAAAAAGAGACGGUCGACGAUAUUAUUGAAAGAAACAAUCAUGAAUUUCGUAAUAAAUCGGUCUCGAACGAAGAAGGCACAUCUGUUCCACCGAAAAUCACAACCAAAACGACGUGGAAACCGCCAUUUGCGAUAGGGGAAACCGAAGAAGGGUGUGAUAUAUUCAGUGGGAGGUGGGUUAGGGACGAGUUAAGUCGGCCUCAUUAUGAAGAAUCGGAGUGUCCGUACAUUCAACCACAGUUGACGUGCCAGGAACACGGUAGACCAGAUAAAGAGUAUCAGAAAUGGAGAUGGCAACCCCAUGGAUGUAAUAUACCCAGGUUUAAUGCGACAUUGAUGCUAGAGUCGUUGAGGGGGAAGAGGAUGAUGUUUGUCGGAGACUCGUUGAACCGGGGUCAGUUUGUCUCGAUGGUUUGCCUUCUCCAUAGGAUUCUCCCUUCAAAUGCAAAAUCCAUGGAAUCUACCAUGGAUCAAUCAUUAACUGUCUUCAGAGCUAAGGAUUAUAAUGCGACAAUUGAAUUUAAUUGGGCACCGUUCCUUCUCCAGUCGAACUCGGAUAACGCAAUCGUUCACCGAGUAGCCGAUAGAAUGGUGAAGAAAGGGUCGAUCAACAAGCAUGGGAGGAAUUGGAAAGGCGUGGAUGUGUUGGUAUUCAACACAUAUCUAUGGUGGAUGACAGGCCAAAAGAUGAAAUUCUUGAAAGGAUCAUUCAAAGACGAAAAGAAAGAGAUCGAAGAAUUUACUACAGAGGAAGCCUAUCGAGUGGCGAUGAAAAGCAUGUUGAAAUGGGUGAGAAAAAGCAUGGAUCCAAACAAGACGAGGGUGUUCUUCACUAGCAUGUCUCCUUUGCAUAUCAAGAGUCAGGAAUGGGGAGGCCAACCUGGUGGGAACUGUUACAAUGAAACAAGUUUGAUUGAAGAUCCGAAUUACUGGGGAUCCGAAAACAGGGACAUAAUGCAGGUGAUUGCCCAAGAAUUCAGCAAAUCAAAGUAUCCAAUCACGUUCCUCAACAUCACUCAGCUCUCGAGCUAUCGCAAAGAUGCACACACCUCGAUUUACAAGAAGCAAUGGAGUCCAUUGACGCCCGAGCAGUUGGCUAACCCGGUUAGCUAUGCCGAUUGUGUUCAUUGGUGUUUGCCUGGACUUCAAGAUACUUGGAAUGAGCUUCUUUUUACCAAGCUACUCUAUCCUAAUUAA